AGGCUGCUAGCUAUCCGGCCUAGGCGUCGUAGAGCUAGGUACGUAAGGAAAUGACCUCCUGGCUUAAGGCCAAGGUUGUUCGAGGGUUUAGUUACAUUCUACCUGUACCAGAGGCUGCCGACUCAUCAGAUGAAUUAGGUAGCCAUGAUUUGCAGCCUUCAAUUACAGAUACUCGAAUUAUCGCAAAAUUCCAGGCACUAGUCAGGGCUAGUUUGGGUGGGCACAAAGAGCUGAGACUUUUAGUGACAGGGAAGACAGGAGAAGGGAAGUCCACACUAGUCAAUGGAAUACUGGGAAUGAAGGUUGCUACUGAGGGAGCUGGUUCUGAGAGAUGUACAACAGGAGUUAAAGGGCACAAAAUACAAAUCGAAGGUGUACCUAUCACUGUGUUUGAUUCACCAGGUCUCCAAGACGGCACAGAAAAUGAAGAUGAGUACGUAGCAGAUAUGAAGAAGAAAUGUCAAAACCUCAGUUUAGUUCUUUAUUGUUCUAAAAUGACCAACCACCGUUUAAGAGAUGAAGACAAAAAUGCUGUCUUGAGGCUAACGAGAGAAUUUGGUCAAAAGUUCUGGGAGCAUGCUGUUCUUGUUCUUACAUUUGCUAACAUGGAAAUUGUCUCAAGACGUGAUGACAGAGAUGAAGAUAAAGGGCCUGAGCCUGAUGAUAAUGAUGAUGAUGGCUGGAAAGAAUUGAAAAAGAAAAGAUUUGAAGGUCGUUUGGAGAAGUGGAAAGAUGGCUUCUACAAAUUUCUAACAGAUGAAGUUGGAAUAAAAAGAAAAAUAGUGCAAAGAAUUCUUGUGGUACCAGCUGGAGAUCACAGGGUAAUAAGAGACAAUAAGGAGCCCUACCGUCUUCCUGAUCGUGAUGAUUGGUUUAUUGAAUUCUGGAAGGCUUGCUCCUUACGAGUGAAGGAAAUUAAUCUCUUCUUUAAAAUAAAUAAAAGCCGAAUCGUGAUUGAAACCCCUUCGAUUGUGCCUAGUAGUCACCCACACUUAACAACAAGCUCAAUUGAUGAACUGACUACAGUUGAGGAAGAAGGGGAAGAAGUGUUUGUUGAUGCAAAAGAUUUCAAUGAAUUGACUCUAGGUGAAGAAGGUUUGCUUUGGUCAGCAAUGGGGAAUCAGAAUAAUGAGGAACCUUCUGAUGCACAAGAUUACACAUUUCUUUCAGAUACACCUGCAGAUGACUCUGAGACAUAUACAGCAAAGCUUCAGGAAAACUUGCAAAAAAAGGAUAAAGAAGCAUGGGUGAAGGAUAUGGAGUGUAAAGUUGAGAGACUAUCAAAAGAAGUGGAAAGGGUAGCAGAAGAACUUAGAAAAACAAAAGAAAAAAUGGAGAGACAAAUUGAGGAAAAUAGAAAAGCAUUGGAGAGGCAAGCAGAAGAAAAUAAGGUAUCAAUGGAAAAGCUAGCCAAAAAAAUAUUGCAAGAAUUAGAACAUAAAAAGCAGGAUACAACAGUACAUAAUUGUGGUGAUAUUGUUGAAGAAAGAGUCAGUGCCAAUGAUGAAGAAAGAGUCAGUACCAAUGAUGAAGAAAGAGUCAGUACCAAUGAUGAAAAAAGAUUCAAUACCGAUGAUGAAGAAAGAUUCAAUACCGAUAAUGAAGAAAGAUUUAGUCCCAAUGAUGAAGAAAGAGUCAGUCCCAAUGAAGGUCGUGUACAAGAACAUACACAUGAAGAAAUAGAUGAUAAUUUAAUUGUUGGCAGACAAAUUUGUCUCAAUGAAGCUCAUUUACAAGAAGUAGUUGAAGAGUCACUUUACAGAAAAUAUGGAAGGGAGGUUGCUAGAUUGGCUAAAAAAAUUUGGAAAAAGAUCACAGCUCCUGCAGUGUGGCUCAUGUCAUUGUUCUAAUAAGUUGUGUAAUGAUUUUUGUGGUUAAUUUUUAGUUUUAGUUAGUAAAGCUCUGAUGUUGUCUAUCUUUUAAUAUUUUUUAUUAAUUUUUUCAUUGUUAUUGUUAUUGGUUUUUAUACCAGGUUGACUUAACUUCCA